GGGAGCGAGCCUCGCCCUCGCGGAUCCCCAGCCCGCGGCGGCGCCGGGUCCCGCCGGCGCUCCUCCCCGCCCGGUCCGCCCGCGCCGUCCUGCUGCCCAGGAUGGAGGCGUCCCGGGAGACGUCGCCGUCCUCCACCAACUCCUCGGAAGAGCUCAGCUCCGCGCUGCCGCUGUCCAAGGGCAUGUCCAUCUUCCUGGACAUACUGAGGAGAGCCGACAAAAAUGAUGAUGGAAAAUUAUCCUUUGAAGAAUUCAAAGCAUAUUUUGCAGAUGGUGUUCUCAGUGGAGAAGAAUUACAUGAGCUCUUCCAUACUAUUGACACGCAUAAUACUAACAAUCUUGACACAGAAGAACUAUGUGAAUAUUUUUCCCAGCACUUGGGCGAGUAUGAGAAUGUCCUGGCAGCCCUGGAAGACCUGAACCUCUCCAUCCUGAAGGCCAUGGGCAAAACAAAGAAAGACUACCAAGAAGCUUCCAAUCUGGAACAGUUUGUCACUCGAUUUUUAUUGAAGGAGACUUUGAAUCAGCUGCAGUCUCUCCAGAAUUCCCUGGAAUGUGCCAUGGAAACUACUGAGGAGCAAACUCGUCAAGAAAGGCAGGGCCCGGCCAAGCCAGAAGUGCUGUCCAUCCAGUGGCCUGGAAAACGAUCGAGCCGCCGAGUGCAGAGACACAACAGCUUCUCUCCCAACAGCCCGCAGUUCAGCAUCGGGACUCCAGGCUUACUAGAAGAAGACAACCAGUGGAUGACCCAGAUAAACAGACUCCAGAAAUUAAUUGAUAGGCUGGAAAGGAAGGAUCUAAAACUUGAACCCCUGGAAGAAGAAGUUAUUGAAGGGAAUACUAAAUCUCACAUCAUGCUGGUGCAGCGUCAGAUGUCUGUUAUAGAAGAGGAUCUGGAAGAAUUCCAGCUGGCUCUUAAGCACUAUGUGGAGAGCGCUUCUGCCCAGAGUGGGUGCUUACGUAUUUCAAUACAGAAGCUUUCAAAUGAACCUCGCUACAUAAUUUAUGAGUUCUGGGAGAACAGCAGUGUGUGGAAUAGCCACCUUCAGAUGAAUUAUAGCAAGACAUUCCAAAGAAGUAACGUGGAUUUCUUGGAAACUCCAGAGCUCACAUCUACUAUGCUAGUUCCUGCUUCAUGGUGGAUUCUGAACAACUAGAUUCCUAGACAUUUUCAUUAUAGUUUCUAGUGCAAAAUAAGUGUUCUUAUCUAAAGUGUCAAUUAGAAAAUUUCUGUGGUUGUUUAUUCUAUACUUUUGUUUAAUAUAUUCAUUCUAAGUGCACUCUUUUAAAGAUAUUCUGUAAGUUUAUUAUGCGUGUGAAUUUUAGCUUAGUUUUCAAAGGUCGUUAUUCUCAGUAUUUGAUGCUAAAUGCUUCAUUACAUUGUAACCAACCUGAAACAUUUAGUAACAAAACUCUAAUAUGAUAAAACUGUAUACAUAGAAAUAAAAUAGUGAAAAAGAAAUUAUGAUACAGAAAAAAAUGUUUAACUAAAAACUCAGUGCAUUACUUCAUAGGACAGAUAUUGUAAACACUAUCAGUGUUUUGUGAUAUUAGCAACCAAUCUUCUGUGAAUGAAGCUUGUUCUUCAAUAAUGCAUACUCUAAACACGCAAUCCUAUGAUUAUUCUCUUUUGAACAUAAAACAACCUUGUUUGUAACCUAUCUGUAUCCAUCUCUGUCCAGCUGGUUUUUCACAAAAGCACAACUCUAUGACAGGUUAGGGUAUGAUAUAGUAAUUAACACUAUUACAAUCAUUUAUUUGUGCUACAAUUCCCUGUAAGUUAAACAUUAAUCAGGCAAAUAAGAGACCUUUAUUUUAGGGGAAUCUAGCUCAAAUUUUAUGGCAUACAAGAUCCAACUAACAUUCCCUAUGAGGACUAUACAUUUGCACUUUGAGCAAUGAUUUCAAAAUACAUUAUUUAAAAAAUAAGUUUUAACCCAAGUGAAUAAAAAGGAAAUAUAAAACAAGCAAAAAAUUUUAGAGAAAAGGACACUUAACUUCCAGUAUCCACACUGAAGUGACUAAAACUAUGUUCCUUAUAUAUUUUAUGUAUUUAUAAAAUAUAUAAAAUAAGGGACAUAAAUGAAAUUCAAUGUUUUUAAUAAAGUUUUACUAGUUAUAACUCCUGCUAAUGAAAAUACAGUUUACAAUACAGAAAGAAAUUUGUUGCCAUAUUAUUCUCUAGUACAAAUUUCAUUGAAACCAUCUGUCUUCAGGGGAAAACCCUGUAAGGUAAAAUUUUUCUAUUUUUUCACUGUUAGAAAACUCUGGGAAAAAAGAAAAUGAAUCAAAUUUUAUUUUAUAAAGGUAAAAUUUGAUAUAAAGUACGUUUUCAAACUAAUUUAUGGAAUAUUAACUUUUACUAAUCCCUUUGUAUACUUUCAUUCUGCAAUCAGGCUAAAUAAAAUUAAAUGUUUUCAUAGUUUCUUUUAGAUAUAAGUAGUAAAUUUUGACACAAACUAUGUGCGUGUGCGUGUGCGUGUGUGUGUGUGUGUUUGGUCAAUUCUGAAGAUGAUAAGCAUUAUGAAACAAUACCUGGCUCAAUACUUUUAAUAUAUAUACAGAGAACAACAUUAAUGGAGAUGUACAAUGAUUAUUCAAACAAGCUAUACAUAUGUACAAAGGCAAGCAGGUAAGAGUCUUUGCAGUCUCACCCUAAUAACACAUAGUAAGAAAGGAUUAAAAGACUUCGAAACCUACAGGACUUUCAACAUAUAAACUCUUUCUGGAAAGUUAUAAGUGGUUUCAAAAGUACAACUUUUAUCAGUCAUAAUACAUCUUUGGUUGGUCCAUCUCAGUAUGCAACUCUAAAAAGCAUAUCAAGUCUUUUGGGUACAAGGCAGUUUCCAAAGGAACUUGAAAGUAUAACUAAAAAUAAGAAUCUGCCCAAUAAUGGUAUUAAAUUGAAAAGCUCUCUGGAUUAUAAAUUGGAAUAAGUUCUAUCAUAGCUUUUAAGCUAGAUUCAGAUGAACUUAAGAACAGGUAAAUAAUGAAGCAAACCAAUUUAAUUUAUGGUAAUUCUGACCCCAGUGCUUAUAUACCCAUUUUGUGUAUGUUUAUGAGAGUAUGUGCUUAUGAAUGUGUGUUUACACACACACACACACACACACACACACACACACACACACUGGAACCUAUAGUAAAAAAGAAAAAUAGUAGGGCAAAUAAUUGAAAAAUUGAGCCCCAAGUAUAAACAUCCCAUAUUAAUAAAAAAAUUUACAAAAUAAUUUAUAGGUAGUAAGUUUUCCCUCCAUUUAAAAAAAUCAUCUUGUUUUCUGGGAAACAAGGAUUGAGCAAAGAUGGGAAAGCUUUCAUGGAUUAAAAGGUGAAUGUGGAUAACAAGCCCAUAAAAUAAUGAGAAAAAAAGGUACUUGUUUUAGGAUUUUACAUUCAAUGAAAAUAAACUUUCUGUCAAGCAAUGGUCUUGAAUGCCUUGCCAAUAGAUCUAGGGAUCUGAGAGAAUAGAAAUAGGGAGAAUUUAUACUUACCUUUAUAUUAGCAAUUUUUUUACACUAAAUGAAAAGAAAACUAUUUUUAUAACAGUAACACCCACAGUUAAAACUUGCAGGAGAGUUACUAUAUAAAAUUUCUAGGAAUUGAAAGUUUGAACCCCAAAUUUCUUUAUCUACAUAUGUUCUUGUUAUAAGAAAUUACAGAAUUGAAACUUAAUGCACCUCAAUUAUAUGCACAUGCCUAGAUUCUUCCUCUUUUGUAAAUAAAAGUUGAAAAAAU